AUGCAUUUCGUGCCCGAGAAUGCGGAGCACUCGUCCUUCCGCGGCUACGUGCGCGUUGCGGGGGACGAGUUCGCCGUGCGCGUCUCAAACGUUGCGUACGACCCACGCACAAGUCGCGUCGUCUUGGACGCCGCGCAAUUGGACGUGGAGAGCGCGCUGGCGGCUCGCUUGAAGCCACACGGCGCCACGCUCAAGCUGCGACUGGCGCAGGCGGCGUCUCUCGAGGGCUUCGCGACGGAACUGGAGGAGCUGGUGGCCUUAUGCUGCAAGCCACAGGCCAACAGCCAAGCCGCACUACCCAACGCCAAGUAUUACGCCCGGCUGAUGGCGGAGCUGGACGCUGUGGGCUGGAACAGGCUGCGGCAGCUGAGCAACGACUUGCGCUCGCUGGAGCUCGAGACGAAGGACCAGGCAGGACGCACCCACGCCGUUCGAGUGCUGCUGCCAUUGGAGUACGAGGCUCCAGGGGUGGCAGCCAAGCCGGAGUGUCUGGUGGACGCUCCGGAGGCUUUCGAGCUGCGGUGGCCGCCGGACGACAACCAGUCGGUGCUGAGUGAAGUGGUGGCGCAGUUUGAGGGGUUUCUGGCCAAGUUUCAGGGAUUUUGGGACGUGUUAGAUGUGUUGGAUGCAGCCACGUGUGUGUUGGAGCCGCAGCAUCCGACGAGGGCCACGGGACGGAGAAGGUUGGCGCUGGAACGACAUGCGUCCGUGCAGUUUGAAGUGGACCCUGCACAUCCGACGGCCAUGUUGAGUGAGCUGAGCUUCUUCGGCAACCAGGCGAACGUUGGAGCGUUGAGGGAACGGUGGGGGAGCAACGCAUCGCGGUGGGAUGAGACCAAGUCCUUGCAGAAGAACUUGGAAAACGUGCUGGGGGUGGCGCUGCCGUCGCCGAAGACGACGAAGCCCGAGGAGUUUGCAGUCGAGUGCGGCAUCUGCUACUUGUAUCGACUUGAAGGGGAGGAUGAGAGCACGGGAGAACGCAAGGAUGGCAACCAGCGCAAAGCAGUGGCUGAAGAGGGAUCGAGGAUUCCAAACCGACUGUGUGAAAACCCAAACUGCAACAGACCAUUCCACGCCAAGUGCCUGUUUGACUGGCUGCGCGCGCUGCCAACGUCACGGCAGUCCUUCCACACGGUAUUCGGCGAAUGCCCCUACUGCCGUGAAACUAUCAGCGCCAAGUUCCAGCCAGGUUGCUAG